UGGUGGGCCUGCAGGCGAGCUGGGACGCUUCGCCACUGCUUGAGAGUCUCUCUGCGGCACCUCUCUGUCUGCGGCACCUCUCGAGCUGGACCCUGGCGGCGCGCGCCAAGGGCGGUGAGAGGCGAGGGAGGCGAGAGAGGCGAGGGAGCCCACUCUCCUCGCGCGGCCCCCCAGUCGGCGCGCCGCCGAGGAGCGGGAGAAGGAGGACCUAAAGAGCGCCGGGCGGGCCGAAAGGAAGCUGGGUGUACGCGAGGCCACCUCAGCUGUCUUUUUGCCCUCUGGAUGUGCACAUCCAGUCACUGCCCAUGGCAUGCCACGUCUCACUUCCCAAUCCGGGCCAUACGUCACAGCCUGGCGAUGGUGAGCGCGAAUUAGGCGCGGCGCGUGGUUACCCUACGCUCGCGGCGGCGAGGGCACGGCUGCAGGGGGCGAGCGCCCCAGAGGAGGAGGCGCGGGAGGAGGGAGCAGGCGGGGAGGCGGCAUGGCACCUGGAGCCCCUCGGCGAGCCGCGGCACACCCCGCAGCGCGGCGGCCGAGGGCCCCCGGGGCGGCCGAGCGCGAGUCGGGCCGGCGAGGGUCAGCGUGGCGUAGCGCGACCUGGUGGCGUCCGCCGCCCCCGGCGGCACACCGAGACCCUCCGACGUACUGUCCUCGGACGUGGUCGACACCUGGACGAAAGCUGGACGACAGGGGCCUUCGCACGCCCUCGGGGCCCGCGCCUCACUGCCCCGCGGCGCCCUCGGCCCCACCCGCUGGCGCGGCGGCCUCCCCGGCGGCCUCCUCUUAGUGCUCGGCGGCCUCCUGCGCCGCCCUCCUGCAGGUAGAGGGCGUGCUGCUCCUCAGCGUAGCGCCGCUCCUCCUCCCGGCGGGCGGCGAGGCGGGCGCGCUUCGCCGCCUGCGCCUCCCGGGCGCAGGCCUUCCGCUGCUCGGCCUCGGCCCUGCUCCUGGCGGCCUUCUCCUGCCU